GCGACAGCAGCCAACUGCUUUAUAAAACAGAAAACAACUUACAACUUUUCAGUUAGGUCCCUGGAAGAAGCUGACAGCUCUGACCUGACCUUUAAACAUUCUGCCUUUCCCUUUGGGGAUUUUGCUAUACUCUGGAGGCUAUUUUAGCCCCCCGUCCCCUGCAGUGCAGUGCUGACAUCAAGACAUCCAUUAUAGACACAUCUAUUUAUACUUUUUUUUUGGUUAAUGUCGGGGCAGUGAUGUGAAUACAAUACAAUUCCAGGAAUCCGUCACUUCCUGGAACAGAUUAAAAGGGGCAAACAAAAGAUUACUUAGUGGUUUUUUCACAGGGCUUCAUAACUCUCAGAGCUAGUGUUAGAGCAGGUUGCUGCUCUCCCAGCUCCCUUCUCCCUUGGAUUCAGGGAGGUCUUAUUUAUUAAUAUCUAUUUAUUAUUAUUGUUUCAGAGGGUGCUUUGAAUCCUGUGUUGAGGAUUUUAAAGAUCGUUCAGAAGGAGGUUUUUUUCGUCCUCUAACAAUAUUUUCUUUUUUUUUCCCUGUGGUUAUUUUUUUUAAGUUUUCUUUUUUUUCUUUUUCUUUGUAAAGAAGAGUAAAAAAUAUUUUUUCUUAUCUUCAAAAGCACUGGGAUUGACUACAUUUUUCUAGCUAAAGUUGCUGAACAAUCAGUAAAGUAUUUCUUGGGGCAGCCUGCUUUGCUUUCUGCCUGCCUUUUCCCAGCGUAUAAACUCCAGAGAGCUGUGGAAGGGGUUUAGCAGGAGCAGUUCAGCCUUCCUUUUUGUGAAGUCGUAACCAAAGGCUUGUUCUAUCUUCUGUACUAUCUUCUGAAGCAACGAAGAAGGAGCAAGAAAAAAGACGAAACCAGUUUUCCACCCUGAAGACUUAAUGCUUUUUCCUUGGUUCAGGAGUGACAUGAUCCUCUGUGUUCAGGGACCUCAUCCUUUGCUGGCAGAGGAGAAGAGCAGGAGACUCUCUCUCAGAGGCAUUGCAGCAGAUUUGUCAGAGCCAGUCAUGCAACCUCUCUCUGUCACAGCCUUCCAAGAAGAGUCUGCCCCUGCUUUUGUGGCACCUGCUCUGGAGAUCAACUCGCCUCGGAUGCGAGACCCUGAGGAGGAUCUGAUGUGCAUUGCCAAAACAUUCUCUUACCUGCGGGAAUCUGGCUGGUACUGGGGGUCUAUCACUGCCAGUGAGGCCAAGCAACACCUCCAGAAGAUGCCUGAGGGCACGUUCCUGGUACGAGACAGUACCCACCCUAGCUACCUGUUCACGCUCUCUGUCAAGACCAACCGGGGGCCAACCAAUGUGCGCAUUGAAUAUGCAGACAGCAAGUUCCGGCUUGAUUCAAACUGCCUGUCCAAACCCCGUAUUCUGGCCUUUCCUGAUGUGGUCAGCCUUAUCCAGCAUUAUGUCAUGUCCUGUACAAUGGAGAGCAAGAAUGAUGUUCCUUAUCCACCUCCCUCGCCCUUGCCCCCCAUACAGAAGGAGAUGGCAGCAGCAGCAGUACACUUGAAACUGAUCCGACCACUCAGUCGCAAAGACAAUGCCCCCAGCCUACAGCACCUGUGCCGGCUACGGAUCAACAAGUCAACAGCUGAAGUGGACCAGCUGCCUCUGCCCAGGCGGAUGGGGGACUAUUUGAAACAAUACCCCUUCCAGCUAUGAGGUGCUGCUGAUGUUUCACAGAUGGACAAAAAGUCUAAUAAACCCAAAUAGAACCUCGAUCUGCUUUUGUCCCACUGAAGUGUGGCAUCAAGUGGGCACAGUAAAGACCUGGUCAUCAGCAGAGACUGCAUCCAUCUUUCCUUCACCUUGCCCUCUAAUUUCAUUCCUACACCAUGGAGGAGCUGGUUGUACCAAUGAACCAUGCGGCACAAUCCAACCUCUGAACCUCCAAGCACCACUGACAGUGGCUCGGAGGAAAUGUUUGUGGCAUGUGCACACUACUUGAAUUUCAGAGUGCUGUGACACCAGGAAUGUUUAACAUUGUUAUUUUCACUAUUUAUUUCCAUGGUAGAUUCUCUUUUCACAAUAUUUUAAAACACCUUCUAGUU